GGGGCGCUGCCUCUGGCGCCGUCGGGAGCGAGGAGACGCCCAAGUGUGAGGACCUCAGGGUGGGACAAUAUAUUUGUAAAGAACCAUUAAUAAAUGAUGCUACGCAAGAACCAGUUAACUGUACAAACUACACAGCUCAUGUUCAGUGUUUUCCAGCACCCAACAUAAUUUGUAAGGAUUACAGCGGUAAUGAAACACAUUUUACUGGAAGUGAAGUUGGUUUUUACAAGCCCAUAUCUUGCCGAAAUGUAAAUGGCUAUUCAUACAAAGUGGCAGUUGCAUUAUCUCUUUUUUUGGGAUGGCUGGGAGCUGAUCGAUUUUACCUCGGAUACCCUGCCUUAGGCUUGCUAAAGUUUUGCACCGUAGGAUUUUGUGGAAUUGGGAGCCUAAUUGAUUUCGUUCUUAUUUCAAUGCAGAUUGUUGGACCUUCGGAUGGAAGUAGUUACAUCAUUGACUAUUAUGGAACCAGACUUACAAGACUCAGCAUUACUAAUGAAACGUUUAGAAAAACACAGUUGUAUCCAUAAAUGUUUACAAAGAGGAACAGAUUUGAACCUUCUUGAUUUCAAUAGUGAGCCCCUUAUGUGGAAUUCCAGAUUUUCCUUUUCUUUAAGUACUAUUUUAUGCAUUCUGGAUGAUGUUUUGGUGUGUGCUCAAUUUUGAUUUGUUGAUUUAGUUAAUAUUAUUCCUAGAUUUAUUUAAUAGUCUUUCUUAAAAAUUAUUAUAAUAGUAUUUCAUGGGUUUCUGUCUCCAUGAGACAGCUAGCCUAUUACUCUGUUACUAUUAUUGUAUUACUGUACUGUCCUUUACAUGUCACUUGUCAUUUUUAUUUGUGAAGAAUAAAAACUAUAAUUUAUUCACAUUUAUUAAGAAAA